GUGAUUCGCCGUGAAUGUCAAACAUACGAGGAAAAUGUGAUACAGGCGAUCGUGGUGAGUAAUGUAACAUUCAGUGCUAACAGUUAAGCAGAAAGUGUUUCCCCUUGAUUUUGUCAGCUGAUAUAUGAAACAGGACCAUAACCCUAUAGUGCCUCGCUGCAUUGGUAAAUACCGUGUAUCAAGGCAAUAUGAAAGACAACCGUAUAACAUGUUGAAAAUUGACUUCAUUGAUCAAAUUUUAAUGUUAAAAUGUUGGCGGGGCCAAUUCUCAACUUUGUAAAAGGACCUUUUGAUCAAUAUUUAAUGUCGAAACGUUGACGGGAUCAAUUCUCAAUGUUGAAAAAAGACCCAUGAUGGGGUCAGUAUUUAAUGUUACCCGGCGUUCAUGGAAUAUGUUUCAGGGUUACUAAAAUGUAAAUCAUAUCAAUGUUGCAAAAUUGAUUGUUCGCACCCAUAAUAAUGUGCAUCGUUUAAGGUCGACAGUCAAUGUGUUGCUUAAAACAGACAGUUGUUAUGUCCAAGUAUACUAAUAGAUGUUGUUGCUUCCGGCUAUUUGAAUAUGCUUGUCAGUAUAUAGAUACAGAUCUUGACCUGAUGUUGUACAGAUACAGGUAUGUCUAAUGUUAUAGUAUGUUAUUUUAAUUAAAGUGGUUGAAAAACUAGUUCACUGUGUAAAGUUAGUGUUGAUGCUUGUGAUGAUGCGUCAUGUUAAGUUUGCAUAAUUUGUCGAAUGUCAGACAGUUCCGGUUCUCACUAGCAUGAAUACAGCACCAGACAGUAGUCCUCAGCAUAAAAGACAAGGUUGUGAGUACGGUGAUCGCGUAGAUCAAUGUAAUGUAGAUAAUGGACGACGGUGUUAUGAUGCCAACAUUCGACGAGACUGUUGUAGCACGUGUCAGAGUUACGAAACGUCCGUUCCAGGCUGUCGUUAUGGCGACAAGGUUAGUAACUGUAAAGAAACAGAGUGUCCUAAUUACUCACCACAACGUCUUGCAAACUGCUGUGAUACAUGUUAUACAGGCACGUGGUCAAGUACUUCAUCAAGCACGGACAACUUAGUAACAAGUGGCACAUCAGAAAGUUCCGGCGUUCCUGGGUGGACUGUGCCAGUAGCAGCUAGUAUAGGGGGUGUUUUAGUGCUGGUUAUUGUGAUAGUUGUCGUCGUACUGUGCAGGAGAAACAAAAAAUCGGACAAUCUCUCGCCCAUAGAUGAUCAGAUGUACAAUGAGUAUAAGUUAAGUAAGAGGGCACCGAUGGCCCCGCCCCGACACCCUAGUACAGAGAAAGGUUGGGUAGAUGAAAGUAAGGAAACGGACUACGCUUACAUCAGUCCAGACCACGUAGAAGGACCCCAGUCUAACGCCCGACGAACAGGCAGUGACCCGCUUCCACCGACGCCAGCGGAAUAUCUUGACCUCACGGACGCUCACACAGUUGCCAGUGAUUAUGAUUCCAGUUGGAACAAUGACGUAUCACAUGAUGUACAGAACCAUGAUCGAGCAACGUCAAAUAAAUAUGAAAAAUUCCCCGGAUCCUCCGCCUAUGUCAACCAGCCGGAAAACGGAGACGUUUCAUAUAAAUUGUGACGUACCGGGUAGCUACAUAACACUCCAAGAUGAAAUGUUGCAGACAAACUGGAUAAUAGACCCUCGGCUUGAGAAGUUUCUUUCCUUGUUCAAAGCUCUGCUGGUCAGAGAGAUGACUUUUUCACAUAAUACUUUCAUGGAGUACAAAAACUAUAUUUGAGGUUACUCCAUCAUGUAAAACAUUUUACUGUCAACAUGUCACCAUAUAAUAACGGAUGUGACUUAUUUGUUGGCAAACUCAUGAUGUAUGCCGCCGGAAGUGUCGGUCGUCAUGGUGGAAUAAUCAUAAUUGCUCAGAUUUAAGAAAAAAAACAACUGUUUAGUCAGUAACUGAACUUUGAUACUCGUAUUGAAAAGGGCAUUAAAACUUCUUCAUUGUGA